CUCCUCCUCCUGCUGCUGCUGCUCCCUCCUUCCUUCCCCUCUGGCCGCCUUCGUCCCUUCUCUUCUCCCACCUCACGGCCUGGCCUCGCGAAGGAUGAGUCCGGCCGACGCCAAGCGUGGAGCCAAGCGCCGGAAGAACAAGCGGGGCGGCGGGAGCGGCGGCGGUAACGGCGGCGGCGGCGGCGGCUGCGGAGGCGGCAAGGCCGGCCCGGCCGUGGCCCAGGCGGCGGCGGCCUUGAGGGGCCCCCAGCCCGCCGGCACAGCACCCCCACAGAGCGCUGUGGCGGGCCUGCUCGUGGCCCCAGCCUCGGCCCCGGCCCCAGCCACGGCCACGGCGCCCAACGGGCCCUUGGGCGCUGGGGGCGGUCCCGUAGGAGGCGAGGUUUCAUUAAAUGGUACCCAAUUUGCUGACGGCCCUGUUGGUUCAGAUUUCCCAGGUGUUUCUCAGACUCCAUUUACUUUUGGCUUGGGUCAGAGAGCACCAUAUACAACUGGAGAGCAUUGUCUUCUUUGUAGAAGUGAGCGGAAAGAUUCCUCACUUUCAGAGAGUGGGAUUAAAAAUUCUAGCAAAAUGGCACUUUCAACAUCUCCUAAAGCAAAUAGUAUGCUGCAUCUUCCACUUUGGGUAUGUCCAGACUGUCGAAGAACAGUUGAGAAAGAAGAGAGGCAUGCUACCUUGGAACAAUCUCUUAUGAGCCAAGAUUUCCUUUUGCACACCCCUCUUGGAAAUAGUGGAUCACAGCAAGAAUCAGUAGGAGGAGGGAGAAUUACUGUUGGGGCACAGACGGUACCCUCUGCAGAUCUCAGUAAUUCCACACCGUCAGAUAUAGCGUGUAAUUGUGAGGCAUGUAAUGAACGAAGAGAAAUUUCAGCAGAGACUGAACGAGAAUCCCAGCAGCUUCAGAAUUAUUGGUCAGAAGUACGAUAUAUGGUCCGAUGUAUAUAUCGUCAAGCUGGAACCCCUUUGGCAGAUGACCAAGACCAAUCUCUAGUUCCUGAUAAAGAGGGCAUGAAAGAGCUCGUGGAUAGGCUUUGUGAAAGAGAUCCCUAUCAGCUAUACCAGCGAUUGGAACAACAAGCAAGAGAAUAUGUGCUGGAAAUGAAAGUUCGACUCCUCAGACAUUUGUCUCUGGGAUCUAAAGUUAAAGCAACAUCAACAAUACAAGGCCCACCACAGGCACAUCAAUUCAUCUCACUUCUCCUUGAGGAAUAUAGUGCACUCUGUCAGGCAGCACGCACAAUCAGCUCUUUCCUUGUCACUCUGGAGAAUGAGCAUUUGAAAAAAUUCCAGGUGACAUGGGAACUGCACAAUAAACACCUGUUUGAAAAUUUGGUCUUUUCUGAACCACUCCUCCAGAACAGCUUGCCGACACUGCUUUCACAGCUCAGGCUUGGAACAACAUCACAUGAUUCCUGUAGUGAAGAUAUGUACAGUACCUUAUUACAAAGGUAUCAGCACUUAGAAGAAGAGAUGGGUCGAGUUGCUGAAGAAUGGCUUGAAUGUCAGAAAAGAAUAGAUGAUUAUGUAGAUGAACAGAUGGCAAUGAAAACCAAACAGCGAAUGUUGAAAGAAGACUGGGAAUUUUUUAAACAAAGACGGUUUAUUGAAGAACAGCUAAAUAAUAAGAAAGCACUAGCAGGAGAAAACAACUUCACAGAUACAAUGAGGCAUAUGUUGUCAUCACGUCUGAGCAUGCCUGACUGUCCCAACUGUAAUUAUAGGAGAAGAUGUACUUGUGAUGACUGCAGCCUUUCACACAUCCUUACAUGUGGCAUCAUGGACUCACCCAUCACCGAUGACAUCCAUAUUAACCAACUACCGCUACAAGUUGAUUCUGCUCCUGACUAUCUUUCUGAGAUGCGCCCACCUAGUAUGUCAUCAGCAAGCUCAGGGUCAGGUUCCAGCUCUCCUAUUACAAUUCAGCAACAUCCCAGACUCAUCCUCACAGACAAUGGCUCUGCCCCAAAUUUUGGUAGUGAUGAUGAAGAUGUUGCACCUUUAUCAGCUAAAUUUGCUGAUAUUUAUCCAUUGAAUAACUAUGAUGACACAGAGGUUGUAGCCAACAUGAAUGGAAUCCAUAGUGAACUAAAUGGUGGAGGUGAAAACAUGGCAUUGAAAGAUGAGUCUCCUCAGGUAAGCAGCACUAGUAGUAGUUCUUCAGAAGCUGAUGAUGAAGAAGCAGAUGGAGAGAGCAGUGGGGAACCCCCAGGAACUCAAAAGGAAGAAAUAACUCUAGGAAAAAGAAGUCCCAGAAAAGAUGAAGCUAAAGUGGAUAGUCCACCACCAUCUUAUCCAAGUCAACAGGCUGACCCAGGUCUAAAUACUUGUGAAUGUCAUGUCUGUAAACAAGAAGCUUCUGGUCUGACUGCAUCAGCACUGGCAGCUGGCCGUCUUCCUGCUGGUCACCAGUUUAUGAACCCAGAAAAACCUGCACAUCCUGCACUUCACCUUUACCCCCAUAUUCAUGGACAUUUACCUUUACAUACUAUUCCACAUCUGCCUCGUCCUCUUAUUCACCCCACUUUGUAUACAGCAUCCCCCUUUACACACAGUAAGGCUUUACCACCAGCACCUGUUCAGAAUCAUACAAAUAAGCAUCAGGUAUUCAAUGCAUCUCUUCAAGACCAUAUUUAUCCAAGCUGUUUUGGGAGUACUCCAGACUGGAAUAGUUCUAAAUUCAUAAGUCUUUGGGGAUCAGAAAUGAUGAAUGAUAAGAACUGGAAUCCUGCCACUUUUUUGCCAGACACAAUUUCUGGUAGUGAUAUAAUAGGACCAACACUUUCAGAAAUAAGACCUGAAGCACUUCCUACCACGUCUGGCAGUGAAACAACUACAGUUACUGAUAGUAAAGAGAAAAAAAAUGCUGCAAAAAAGAAAUGUCUCUACAAUUUCCAAGAUGCUUUUAUGGAAGCUAAUAAAGUUGUUAUGGCAACAUCUUCAGCUACUUCCUCUGUUUCAUGCACUGCCACCACAGUACAGUCUAGCAGCAACCAAUUUAAAGUAUCCUCCAAGAGACCUUCAUCAAUAGGUGAAGUGUUUCACAAUAUCAGUAAAGAGGAUCAUAGACAUUCUGCACCAGUUGCACCAAGAAAUAGCCCUACUGGUUUAGCCUCUCUUCCUUCUCUUUCUCCUGCUGCACUUUCACCAGCCUCCACACCCCAUCUUGCAAAUCUCACAGCCCCAUCCUUUCCAAAAACUGCUGCCACAGCUCCUGGAUUUGUAGAUCCACAUUCAGGGCUUUGUCCCACCACUUUAGCACCACCGACAUCUACUACAGACAGCUCAAUUAGUGCUCCGCCAAGUAUAUGCAGUGACCCUGAUUGUGAAGGGCAUCGCUGUGAAAACAGCAGUGCGUAUGACCAUCAGCAGUAUGAUGGAGAAGAAAGCCAGGACGAAGAUAGCUGUUCUGAGCACAGCUCUAGUACCUCUACAUCCACAAACCAGAAAGAAGGAAAAUACUGUGACUGUUGUUACUGUGAGUUCUUCGGGCAUGGCGGUCCACCAGCUGCACCAACAAGUAGAAAUUAUGCAGAAAUGAGAGAGAAGCUCCGUUUACGCUUAACCAAGAGGAAAGAAGAACAGCCAAAAAAAACUGAUCAGAUCUCUGAAAGGGAGAGUGUUGUUGACCAUCGAAAGGUAGAAGACUUGUUACAGUUUAUAAACAGUUCGGAGACCAAACCAGUAAGCAGUACUCGGGCUGCCAAACGAGCAAGACAUAAGCAAAGAAAGCUAGAAGAGAAAGCUCGUCUUGAAGCAGAAGCCAGGGAGAGAGAACAUCACCAGCUCCUUGAGGAACAAAGGCGGCGGGAGGAAGAAGAAGAAGAAAGACUCAAAGAGGAAUUCCAGAGGCUUCAAGAGCUCCAACAGCUACGAGCUAUAAAGAAAAAGAAAAAAGAUAGAACAAAUAAAGACUGUUCAAAGUUGGACAUGCUUGCUAGGAAUUUCCAGUCAGCAAAAGAAUCAGUACCGAGUUCUGAAGAGAUACGGAAUGGCACACUUGAGCAGUCUGAGAAAACAGAAACAUCCUCGAGUUCACCUUCCAGGCAUGUUAAUCAUUUGGAACAGAGGCCAGGGCCUGAAACAGUCUGUGGACUGUCUAAUCCAGGCAACUCAAGAGACUCCAAACUCCUUUUCCAAAAAGAGCUGGGUGUGAAGCAGCAUGAACCGCUUUCUUUCCUCUUUGACAUAAUGCACCACCACAAGGAAGGGAACAGUAAAUCAAAGCUCAAGCCUGUCAGUAAGCUGGCCGAAUCUCCCAAAGUGCCCGAGAGCCAGCCUAGGCCCAGGAACCACACGGAACCCAAAGUAAAGGCAAUAGAACUCUCUUCUUCUGCUGAGCAGAGAAGAGAAGAGAAAAAAGUCAACAGUAACAACAACAACAGAAAGCAACUGAAUCAUGUCAAAGAAGACAAGUCUCUGCCAAUCCUGAUUGAAUCCCCUUCUCCAAAUGAGCAACCCCCAAACAACAAAUUGGUAUUGGCAGAUUCUCCACAGCCGAAGGGCAAGAGCAAGAAAAAUAAGAAGAAAAAAGGAGAUAAAGUCAACAAUUCACUUGAUGAUGUAUUUUUGCCCAAAGAUAUUGAUCUAGACAGUGUGGAUAUGGAUGAGACCGAGAGGGAAGUGGAGUAUUUUAAAAGGUUCUGCUUGGAUUCUGCAAGACAGACAAGGCAGAGACUUUCCAUCAACUGGUCCAAUUUUAGUUUGAAAAAAACGACCUUUGCUGCCCACUGAAUGGAGACAGCCUCAGGAGGAAGCCCUGCAGGAGUCCAGGAAACUUGCCCUGCCCUGCCCUGCCCUGCCCUGCCCUCCUGCUGCGAGUGCUGAGAGCUUUUCUCGGGUCUGAGCCAGUGCUGCCUUGCCUUGUCCCCAGUGCCGUGUGGGUCUGCACUGAACCACUUGGCCUGAGAAUUCUUGCGGCCUGAGAAAUCGCCACUUUCUACCUGAAUUUGUUAGCUUGUGUGCUUGUAGUCUGUGAGUGAGGUUUAUUUGAUUGUAGCUGUACGCUGUGGGAGUUGGAACAAUAGCUUUUUUCCAAUUCCUCCUGAUAGCCUUGGCCUCAGAGACUAUCAGCUGCUUCCCAGGCUUGGGUGGAGGCCAGAACACUCGUUUGCAUCAUUUGCAGUGGCUCCUGCCACACUCGCCCGCAUCUAGCUCUGUUUUCUCAUCAUCCUGAUCCAUGAUAAAGGAUUGGACCUCUCAUCGUCGGCGCUGCUUUCAUCUGCUCCAGAAUUAUUCCCACCAUGACUUCAUGGAAAGGAGGCUCGGACGGGACAAGCAUUUCUUGAGUUCUCUUUCACAAUCUACUGUUUAAGAGUGUACAAGUUACGCUAUUUGUGUUUGAUUUUUUCCCCCCUGACUUGUAGCCAGCUUGUGUAAGAAUACUUGCAGAACGAGAAAGUUUAAAAAAAAAAAAAGGAAAAAAGAACAAUACUCACACUAUCAAAUCUGUUAUAGAGUGUAUAAUUGUAUUAACACUGAAGCCUGACUGGCUACUUUUUUAACAUAUUGUUAAGUAAUAUUAAAAUCAUGUCUUUCUUUUUGAAAGAUGGAAUACAUUAGUAUGGCA